AUGGCAAUGCUCACGAAAUAUACCAAUGCUCACGAAAUAUACCAAUGCUCACGAAAUAUACCAAUGCUCACGAAAUAUACCAAUGCUCACGAAAUACACCAAUGCUCACGAAAUAUACCAAUGCUCACGAAAUACACCAAUGCUCACGAAAUAUAUCAAUGCUCACGAAAUAUACCAAUGCUCACGAAAUAUACCAAUGCUCACGAAAUAUACCAAUGCUCACGAAAUAUACCAAUGCUCACGAAAUAUACCAAUGCUCACGAAAUAUACCAAUGCUCACGAAAUACACCAAUGCUCACGAAAUAUAAUAAUGCUUAUAGAAUAUGGUACUGCUUAUGA